UGAUUAAUCCUCCCAAAACCAUAGCGUUUUUCCACCUAGAAAGAGAUGAGUUUUUUCCCUUGUUCCCUUGUUUGGGAUGGAAAAACAGUUUCAAACAACCCUACCCCAGAUUGUCAUAGAAAGAUCGCGUACGCAUCAGCUGGCAUUUUUUUUCCUUCAAACCCUCUUCUAUGCGCGAUCUUUCUUCGCCCGCGCGCCCUUACGGUACCGGUCACGGUGUGUAACUUUGGAAACAAUCAUCUACGUCGCAAUCAAAUGUGCCCCUCUUGGUAAGAAGUUUUCACCUCUGCGUCCCCGCCGGUUUCGAUUCAGGAAGAGGAAACCCAUACUGCGGUGGUGGCGUGGAAUGAUCGUUAGAGGUGGCGUAUUGUGACGCGGGGGUAAUCACGAGGGAGUGAGAGACUCACCUCUACUAGGUGAAGCUUAGUGACUUACCGCUUGACGACGCGAUUCUGUGGCCACCAGUAUGGCAACGGAUUCGAACGACCACGGUAGUGUGUGAGGGCUGACGUUCUUCAGGAGUGGUGCAACUGAAAUAAAUUGAAAACAAAUAUAAGCAUCUGGUGCACUGGUUAUUGGGUGUGUGUUGGGCUUUCUAUGUCGCGGGUAGUUGGUUAGUGAUGCGUGUAUAUCGAUCGUUCCGAAAGAAUCAUGGAGCACGUUUGGUUCUGCUGCACUCUGCUCGUAGUGCUCGUGAGUGGUCAAAUCAGUGAUCUUCGUUAUACAGAGACGAGCAAUGAUAAUCUGUCCGAGGCGAUCCAGUUUUUGCGUGAAUAUGAUCGCGAGGCGGCGGAAAUGUGCAACCGGGUGGCGAAUGCGGAAUGGCGCUUUUCCACCAACGCUACCGAGUACAACAAGCGCCGUAUGCGCGAGCAGCAAAAUUUGGCCUCAAAGCUCGAGUGCAUUAGCUGGCGGAGGGCCGUAUCCUUCGAUUCGUCGCGCAUAAUCGACACCAGCAUUCGGAGGCAGCUUGGUCGGAUCGUGCAGCAGGGCAGAUGCGGUCUGGGCGAUACCAAGUACGCUGAGCUGCAGCACGUGUUGAUGCUGCUGAAGGAUAACUACAACGGAGCGAAAGUGUGUCCGUUUCGGCGCGUUGGAUCGGAAGCAACCGAUCUGGGAACGUUUUCUUCGGCGGGUGGCGGUGUGGGCUAUCCGAGCUCGAACUAUGUGUCGGCGUACACGGGGUAUUGCGAUCUGAAGAUUAACUCCGAUUUGACGCGCAUUAUGGAGACGAGUCGUUCGGAGCCGGAGCUACGAUACUACUGGGUGGCGUGGCGUGAGAAGACGGGACCGCCCGUUAGGAACACCUUCAUGCGGUACCUUAACCUCGCGAACCAGGCAGCCGAGCAGCACGGAUUCCACGAUGCGGGAGAGCAGAUGCGCUCGGUGUACGAGGAUGGGGACUUUUUCUUCACCGUCAAUGAUCUCUGGGGACAGCUGCAGCCACUGUACAAGCAGCUGUUCACGUUCGUCCGCAAGGGGCUGAUCCGUCAGUACGGGGAGCACGUGAUCCGACGGGACGGUCCACUGCCCGCCCAUCUGCUCGGCAACAUGUGGGGUCAAAAUUGGCGCCACAUCAUGGACAUCAUCAAGCCGGGACCGCCCGAAACACCGGACGUGUCGGGCGAGAUGGUGCGCCAGGGCUACACGCCGAUGAAAAUAUUCCAAACGGCGGAAGAGUUCUUUACCUCCAUCGGGCUGUCACCGAUGGCGCCGGAGUUUUGGCGCAAUUCCGUGCUGCAGAAACCGAAUGACGGUAGCGGGCAGUGCAGUGCUUCGGCCUGGGAUUUCUGCAACAAGGUGGACUUUCGCAUCAAACAGUGCACGCAGGUGUCGUUGGACGAUUUCAUCGGAGCUCACCAUGAGAUGACGCACAUUCAGUACUACAUGCAGUACGCCGGCCAACCGUACCUGUACCGGGAGGGGCCGAAUCCUGCGUUUCACGAAGCGCUGGCCAAUGCGAUUACGCUGAGUGUCGGCGGGCCGGCGCAUUUGCAGAAGAUCGGGCUGCUUAACAGCCCGGUCACCGUGGCGAACGGGAACAGUAUGGUUAAUAUCGAGUAUCUGUUGAACCUGGCGCUGGAUAAGCUGCCAUUUAUGGCGUUCAGUUUGGCACUGGAAAAGUGGCGUUGGUACGUGUUCGAAAAGGGCCCGGUCGGUAUGAAUGCACGCUGGUGGGAGCUACGGUUGCGCUACCAGGGAGUAAUACCCCCAACGGGACGAGGAUUCGAACACUUUGAUGCUGGGGCAAAGUAUCACGUGAUAUCUGAUCAGGACUACAUCAAGUAUUUCGUGGCGACCGUGCUGCAGUUUCAGAUUUACUCCGAGCUUUGCCAAGCGGCACAACAUUUCGGGCCGCUUCACACGUGCGAUAUCUAUCGAUCACGUGAAGCAGGUCGAAUUUUAAGCGAUGUUAUGCAACAAGGUGCGUCCCUAUCAUCGGCUCAACUGAUAAAACUGCUAACACGUGGGAAAUCGUCGCGGCUGUCCGUCGAUCCAUUGUUGGAGUUCUUCCGUCCACUGGAAGCAUGGUUGGAAGCACAGAAUCGCGAUGAGCAGAUAAUUGGUUGGAGCUCUACGAUGGAAGAUGUGGCACUAUUUCAACCUUUGUUGGGGAGAAACGGACAAACCGCGAACGCCUCUAGCUUCACGUUGAUGCUUCUGCUCGGAUUGAUAACGCGGGGACUUGUUUUACACAUUAGCAACAUAACAUAAAGCAAGCUUAAAGCAAGUUCACAUAAUGUGAUCGGUUGUAGAAUAAAUUGUAAAUAAUACCUCUUCAGCGUGUUCUACUCGUGUUCUCUCUUUUUCGUGAAACGUUCCAAAAGGUCGUCAACAUUUUUAGACAAAUUCUAAUUCUUUUUUAUUGCAAAGGCCUUACAUAAGUACUAUAAUUACAACAAGAGCGUACAAGAUCAACAAACGAGUCUUUUUCAUUCCCUAUGAUUUAGCUAGCAAUUUCCUCACUUUUACCUAUAACAUAGCCACGUGCGCGCCCCACGUGCACUGACCAUCGUAUGCUUGUACGCUUUCCGAAACAAAUUCAACGCAGAAAAGAAAAAUGCUGUAAAUAUUGAUUAAUUUCACAUUAGUUGUUUGCUACUCUAGCUCCCACACUUCACUAGUUAGGCACGUUCUAUAGCGUUGGCAAAGAGUUUCACUUAAAUGGUUUCACAGAACAAACUACUUUCACUCUUGAAUGAUCACCGUUUUGUUUUUGUUUCUUUUUUUUUUACAAGGAGCAAA